AUGCCUCUUGAACCUGCAACUGCAAACACCUCUGCCACUCUAAGCCCUGCACCAGCAGGACAGGAUGUUGAAGGCUCUACCUUCCAGGGCAAGGGUCAUGAACCUGAAGUUGAUAAAUCAAGGAAAUCCCCCUCACCUAAGCCACAAAAGGAAGCAAAAUCAGAACAAGCUGAAAAAGCUAGACCAUCAGCUAUCUCUUCUCCUCAAGACCCUCUUGAAAUUCCUGAUAAAUCAUCCCCUGAACCCUCACCACAGAAAUCACCUCAAGAACCAUCUCUUGAACCCCUUAAUGUUUUCUAUUGCACGGAUGAAUCUACCCCAUCACCUUCUUCAGAAGAUGAUUGA